CCCCGAGCGCGGGCGAGAGGCCGGAGCCCAGACCUGGCAGCGACUUGGAGGCCAAUUUGGCAAGGCGAGGAAGGCAGCGCUCGCUUGCUCGCUCGCUCCCUCCACUGGAAUGCUUGCCUCUGAGGAGAGCAGGCGAGCUGCGUCCGGCUCGCCGCCGCUCUCCUCCGGCCGGAGAACAGCGGGCUCUUCGAGGCGCCUCUUCCCCCCCUGAAGUCCCUUCUCUUCCUCCGGACUCCCACCCCACCCCACCGACUUCCCAUCUCCCGGCCAUUCCUGAGGACGGGCGCCCAAGCUUCUCCUCCAGCUCUCCGCGCCUCGCGCUCUCUCUCGCGCGCCCUCUUCGCCUGGGCGCGCGUUUGUUUUGCCCGUGACGGCGGCGGCGAGGCACCGGAGCGGACUUUGGCAAGGCGAGGGGCCGCCCUUGCGGCGAGCGGGCAGCGGCGGCGAGCCCCCGAGGGCAGCCUGGGCGCUUAUCUGCUCCGAGGAGCGAGGCAGGCGCGGCCGUGGGCAGGGUCUCCGGGGAGCCGGCGGCAGCUUUAUAAGCCGGCGCUCUUCGCGGGGACGGCCUCGUCUGGCGCCAAGAUGCCUCCUGUCACCACCUUCCUGCUGCUGCUGCUCUUCCUGGGCGGCGGCGGAGGGGCGCUCGCCCUGGAGGACCCCCUCAUGCCCGGAGAAUACAACCACACCGAGGAGGGAGCCGUGCAGUUCGCCCAGGACUACAACAGCACCGGCGAGACGGUCUUCUUCGAGAGCGUCUCCGCCAGCUGGAAUUACAACACCAACCUGACAGACUUCAACUCCCAGCAGCAGGUAGCAGCCUCUUUGAAGGAGCAAGAAUUCACAGAGGUUUGGGGGAAGAAAGCAAAGGAGAGCUUCGGCAACAUCUGGCAGAACUUCACUGAUCCUCAGCUGAAGGAAAUCGUCAGAUCCAUCCAGACCCUGGGACCCUCCAACCUACCCAUGGAUAAGCGGCAACGGUAUAACACUAUUCUGAGUGAGAUGGACAAUAUCUACUCCACUUCCAAAGUAUGUCUGCCAAAUCAGAAUUCCAGCUGUUGGGCUCUAGAACCAGAGAUAACGGACAUCAUGGCCACCUCUCGCAAUUACAGGAAACUGCUCUAUGCCUGGGAAGGGUGGCACAACGCAGCCGGCAAUCCUCAGCGGCCCAAGUAUCAGGAAUUUGUUGAACUAAGCAACGAGGCCUACAAAAUGGAUGGCUUCAAGGAUACCGGUGACUAUUGGCGUUCCUGGUAUGAUUCACCAACUUUCGAGGAUGACCUGGAGCAACUCUAUCACCAGCUGGAGCCCCUUUACCUAAACCUGCAUGCUUUUGUCAGGAGGAAACUGUAUGAGCGCUACGGCCCUACGUAUGUCAACCUGAAAGGCCCCAUUCCAGCUCACUUACUGGGUAACAUGUGGGCCCAGCAAUGGAACAACAUUUACGAUAUGAUGAUCCCUUACCCAAAUAAGCCCAACCUUGAUGUCACCAAUACUAUGAGGCAGCAAAAUUGGAACGUAACGCGCAUGUUCCGGGAGGCGGACGCAUUCUUCACCUCACUUGGCAUGAUUAAGAUGCCGCCUGAAUUCUGGAAGGAUUCAAUGCUGGAGAAGCCAACAGAUGGCCGAGAGGUGGUGUGCCAUGCGUCAGCCUGGGACUUCUACAACCGCAAAGAUUUCAGGAUAAAGCAGUGCACAACCGUCACCAUGGAGCAGCUCUUCACAGUACACCAUGAGAUGGGGCAUAUUGAAUACUACCUGCAGUACAAGGACCAACCCAUCUCCUUCCGCAGUGGGGCCAACCCUGGCUUUCAUGAAGCCAUUGGCGAUGUCAUGGGCUUGUCCGUCUCCACCCCAACCCACCUCAAGAAGAUUGGGCUGCUUGACGAAGCCACUGAGGAUAUAGAGAGCGACAUCAACUACCUAUUAAAAAUGGCCUUGGAGAAGAUCGCCUUCCUGCCCUUUGGCUACUUGAUAGACCAGUGGCGAUGGAAUGUCUUCAGUGGGCGCACUCCUCCCAACCGCUACAACUAUGACUGGUGGUACUUGAGAACAAAAUACCAGGGAAUUUGCCCUCCUAUUGCAAGAGAUGAAACCAACUUUGAUCCUGGUGCUAAAUAUCAUAUACCUGGCAACACACCUUAUAUCAGGUACUUUGUCAGUUUCAUCCUGCAGUUCCAGUUCCACAAGGCGCUCUGCCAAGCUGCCAACCACACUGGCAAUCUUCAUACCUGUGACAUCUACCAAUCCAAAGAAGCCGGACAGAAGCUCAGCGAGGCACUGAGAGUUGGCUCUUCCCAGCCCUGGCAGAAUAUUCUCCAACAACUCACUGGCACAAAUAAGAUGGAUGCGUCAGCACUGCUGGAGUAUUUCAGUCCCCUUACUCAGUGGCUAGAAGAACAGAAUAAGCGAACCAAUGAAACGCUUGGCUGGCCGGACUUUGAGUGGCGUCCCCCCGUCCCAGAGGGCUACCCAGAAGGGCUUGAUAAAAUAACUGAUGAAAACGAGGCUAAAACAUUCCUGGCAGACUACAACAGCACAGCCGAAGUGGUAUGGAAUUCUUACACAGAGGCCUCUUGGACAUACAACACCAACAUCACGGAGCCCAACAGACAGAUGAUGUUGCAAAAGAACAUGGAAAUGUCAAACCACACCUUGCAGUACGGCCUUCGGGCUCGGAUGUUUGACCCCACUGAUUUCCAAGACCCCACUAUAAAACGUAUCCUGAAGAAACUGAGUGACAUAGAGCGGGCAGCCCUACCUGACGCACAGCUGAGGGAGUAUAAUCAGCUCCUCUCAGACAUGGAGACAAUUUACAGCGUAGCCAAAGCUUGCACUGGAAACACGAGUUGCAAGUCCCUGGAUCCUGAACUCACGGACAUCAUGGCUCACUCAAGAGACUACAACGAGCUCCUUAAUGCCUGGAAAGGUUGGCGGGAUGUAUCAGGGAAGAAAAUCCGAACCAUGUACCAGAAAUAUGUAGAGCUGAGCAAUACGGCUGCCAUAUUGAACGGUCAUUCUGACAACGGUGCUUUCUGGAGAUCCCUGUAUGAAACACCGGAUUUGGAAGAUGUUCUGGAGAAAAUCUGGGAAGAGCUUCAACCAUUGUACCUCAAUCUGCAUGCUUAUGUGCGCCGGGCUCUCUACAAGAAGUAUGGUGAAGGUCACAUCAACCUCAGGGGCCCUAUCCCAGCGCAUUUGCUAGGAAACAUGUGGGCACAGUCAUGGUCAAACAUCUUUGAACUUGUCAUGCCCUACCCCAAUGCCAUCAAAGUGGAUGCAACACCUGCCAUGAAAAGCCAGGGCUGGACACCAAAGAAGAUGUUUGAACAAUCUGACAGCUUCUUCCAAUCCCUGGGUCUCAUCCCUAUGCCACCUGAGUUUUGGGAAAAGUCCAUGCUGGAGAAGCCAACAGAUGGGAGGGACGUGGUGUGCCAUGCCUCAGCCUGGGACUUCUUCAACCGCAAGGACUUCAGGAUUAAGCAAUGCACCUCUGUGAAUAUGGAUGACCUAAUAACAGUUCAUCACGAGAUGGGCCAUGUCCAGUACUUCCUGCAGUACAAGGACCAACCAAUCUCAUUACGUGAUGGUGCCAACCCAGGAUUUCAUGAAGCCAUCGGAGAUGUUAUGGCCUUGUCAGUGUCUACCCCAAAGCACCUGUACAGCAUCAAGCUGCUGAGUCAGGUGGAAGACAACCCAGAGAGUAACAUCAACUACUUGAUGAGCAUUGCACUAGAUAAGAUAGCCUUCCUACCCUUUGGCUACUUGAUGGACCAGUGGAGAUGGAAAGUGUUUGAUGGGCGCAUUCCAUAUGAGGAGUACAAUCAACAAUGGUGGAAUCUUAGGUUGAAGUACCAAGGUUUAUGUCCUCCUGUGCCAAGAUCAGAAGAAGAUUUCGACCCAGGGGCAAAAUUCCACAUUCCUGCAAAUGUCCCAUAUGUCCGAUACUUUGUCAGUUUCAUUAUCCAGUUCCAGUUCCACCAGGCCCUGUGCAAUGCUGCUGGCCACACAGGACCCCUGCACAAAUGUGACAUCUACCAGUCUAAGAAAGCUGGGACAAUCCUAGCGAACGCCAUGAAGCUGGGCUACAGCAAACCCUGGCCCGACGCCAUGGAACUUAUCACAGGGCAACGCAACAUGUCAGCUGCGGCCUUGCUGACCUACUUUCAACCCCUGACAGAGUGGCUGGCUAACGAGAACAAGCGAAAUGGAGAGACUUUGGGCUGGCCAGAAUAUACCUGGAUGCCCUCUGCGGGCCAGAUGCAAGGGGAUAACAGAGUCAAUUUCCUCGGGAUGUCAUUGAGCAGCAGUGACGCCGCAGCAGGCCAGUGGACCUUGCUCAUCAUCGGGCUCUUCCUCUUCAUCACGACAAUAGUUUUGGUCGCCAAAUGUGUCAUGAGCAGGCGAGGGGGCAAAGACGGCUUCGAAAUGGAGCUGAAAUGAGUUUGGGUGCUUCCAAACUGCUGUGCCUCCGUGUGUGAGUGUGCACGAAAAGACUGCAGGCGGCUGUGUGUGAGAGAGGAGUGCGCUGGUCCUAAUGAGAGUGUGAAUGCGAGUGUGUGUAUGUGUAUUCAUAAUAUGUUCAAUGGACAUGAACAGAAAUGCAGAUGAGCUGUGUGUUUGUGAAAGGUGCAGAGGCUGUGAUUGUUUUACCCCACAGGUCUGGAGAGAGUGUGAAUGCAUGUUUGUGUGCAUAUAUACACAAUGCAUGCCUGCAUACAAGGGUUCCAUGACUAAUGUGUGUAUGCACAUGUAUGUACAUGGGUUGUGAGUACAUGUACAUGCAUGUAUCUCGUGUGUGUGGCCUAAGGCCUACUUCAGGUGUGGACAAUUUACUCUGCACGUGUACUGACAGAUCUGGUUUGUGUGAGCUGCUGGGAGGGGCAGCCUCCCUGAAGCAGGCAGUUGUGUCAACAGAGGCAUGAGAGAACUCUUCCUUCUAAUUACUUCAUCAAACCUUUUGAUUAUGCAAGAGCCAAAGCAUUAAAAAAAAAAUCCCCACACAAUUUUUUUAUUGUAAAUAUUUGGAUUCUUGAAAGAAGAAAAAGGAAGAAGAGGAAUGAAGAAUCGGGCAAGGUGAUCCAAUUUGCUCAUGGGACUGACUGGACUUCAUAAAUCAACAUGGAAUCAAUGGGUUUCCUCAAGUUUGGAAUAUAUGCAUUUGGAGAGCAGGUGAAUUAUAAAUCGACUGUGGCCAUUCUAGCAGGUUAAAUGUUAUGCAGCAUUAAGCUGUGUUGGGCUACUCUGAAAGCUGGAAGGACAUUGUGUACGUUUUGCAUCAGGCAGUUAAAAAAAAAUCUGUUUGGUUCCUGGGUGACAAUUAAAAUGAAUCACAGUCUCCACAAA